AAGAAAGUACGGGAUCUAGUAAGUGCAGCCGCCGUGGCGUUGGGGCAAUAAGACUAAACAGUGUUUUGAUUCCAUGGAUUUGUUGUCGUAAUGUACAUAAAUAACGGGGGAAUUGAAUUCAUUUUAUUGAAUACGAAUUGGUAUUAAUAAUUCUUUUUUUCGUUCUAUUUUAAUUUUCAAAACUUGUGAAAUGUGCAAUGAACAGUUAUGUGACUUAAAAAUCCAAAAUAGGUAUUUUUUGGGUGUACAAUUAUUUACUUACACCUUGUGAUAUUCUAUCAUGGCUUAAGAAGACACUGCUUCUACUAAUAUUUUGAGUCAGCUGCAUAACCAACUUAAUUGUUAAUAUGGAGAAGCAGUCCUUGGAAGAAGUGUUUUUGCCCCUUUCCUCAGACGAAUGUGGUCAUAGUGGCGGUGAUCCUGAUAGUGACGAAGACGUCAUCACAAAUUAUCAUAUUUCUAACUUGGAUAUGCUUCCACGACCAUUACCAACGAUCAGUGUAACGCCACAUUCUCCAGCUACUAAGAUAUAUCCUGUUUUAGAAGAUAAUCUCCAGCAACUUCGGGAAAUACAUGAAAGCGUGCAAAAUAUGCGCAAUGUUACGAUACAAGAACCUUAUGGCACAAACGCCAAGGACGUAGUUUAUGCUCUUAAUCCAGUGUUGCCUCAGGCCGCCAGAUUCAGCUCGAGUUGUCCAGCACUUAACGAAACAGUUUUAGAUUUUGAUGUGUUGGAUGUUUCAUUAGGAUCUUCUCCAUUGCACUCAGCUCCUUGCCGAAAAGGAAGUGGUACACAAGAUUGGCUCUGUCAACCUGAAAUACAAAGGAGAAGAUCUUGGUCCGCUGUAGAGGAUCUUACUAUGAGAGAAGCUACUCAACACUAUCGACAGAGGAGUGUAUCUCUAAGCAGCAUGGAGUCUGAAGGAGACGAACCUUCUUUUAUAGAUAAUGUUGAUGGAAGUGCUGUGAAAUUACUCGAUACUAAUGCUGCUGUGGGGACUAAACAUCGAAAUACGAGAACUGCAGGUGGCGCUAACAGCACUCAUUCGUUAAAUGAGGCUGAUCUAAAGAAUGACUUCAAUAAAAUAAUAGCGAAACGAGAAGCCGAAGAAAGACUACUUCCUCAGCGACUACCUUUACAAAAAUCAAUUUCUACACCAUCAAUUAUAGCAGUUCGAGAUGUUGCACCAGAGCCUGCUUUAACACAACCUACACUUGCAGCCUUAAUGUGUAGGAAUCGCCCUAGUGGAACUGAAAGUGAAACAGAAGAAGAAGGUAGUCGUUCAAGUCAAGUUCGUUAUCCUCACUCCGCUGACACGCAAUAUAAGACUUACGAAGGCCAUGCAGAGAAAAGAAGGAAAAGAGGGAGUCUGUUUUUCCGAAAGAAAAAGGACAAGAAUAAGAAAAAUACACAUCAGUGGGUAUCAGCAUGUUACGGAUCUUCGCAGGUUUGCAACGUCUGUAAUAAAGCUUUAAAUAGUAAACCUGCACUGUGUUGUGAAUGCUGUGGUAAAACUGUGCACCAAAAUGUAUGCAAAGACAAUGUUAUAGAGUGUACAAAAUAUAAAGGCACAAAACAUUCCAAUAAGUUACCCGGACUAACAAAUUCUAAUCCUAAAAGUUCAUUAACAAAACGAGGAUCCACUUUUGCGCUGGGCAAUGAUAGUUGGAAUUCAACAAAUAGUCAAAUUCUGUCCGACGAAAAAGAUACGGAUUCACAACACGGACAUAACGAGUCGACAAAUUUUUCAGACGACACACCUUUAAUUCCUCCUGAAUUUUUAUCCGAAUCUCCUUUAACGGCAUCAGAUUUAUGCUCAGAUUUAAAUUUAAGACUUCAUGAAAAUGAACCAGAUUCAUGGACUUCCCAUGUAGGCAAAGAAAUUGCUAGAAAAUUAAAAGAAAAAGAAAUAAAAAGACAAGAACAUAUUUAUGAAUUUAUUUUGACCGAGAAACAUCAUUGUAUAACACUUCUAGUUAUGCAGAAAAUUUUUGUUGAUGGUUUGGAAAAGUACUUUCAAUUAGGCAAUAACAUCGAAUUAAUGUUUCCAAGAUUAGCCGAUUUGACGGAAAUACAUCUAGAGUUAUUAACAAAAUUAAGGCAACGGCAAAAGGAGAGUGCGGUGGUAUCGACAAUUGCAGACAUUUUGCUCGGACAGUUUUCCAAUCAGAAUGCCGUGAGGUUAAAAUCGGCAUAUGGUGAAUUUUGUAGCAAACACAGAGAUGCUGUAGGCGCAUAUAAAGAAUAUCUCGAGAACGAUUCCCGUUUUGAACAAUUUAUUCGUCAUUGUCAGUCGAACCCCCUUCUGAAAAAGAAAGGCAUUCCAGAGUGCAUUUUGUUCAUAACACAACGGCUGACUAAAUAUCCAUUACUAAUAGAGCCGUUAAUCAAAACCAGCAAAGACAACAAAAAAGAACAAGAAAUAUUGCAAAAGACUUUAAGUUUAGUCAAGGAGAUUUUAGUAGAAGUGGAUUCUCAAGUGGCCGAAAAAGAGAAAGAGGAUCGAAAAAUAGAAAUCUAUAAACGCAUUGAUGCCAAGUCAUACACUGUACAUAGAAAUCACAAGUUUAAAAAAUCAGAUAUUUUGCAGAGCAAUCGUUCAUUGAAAUUUGAAGGCGAUGCUAUGCUAAUGCAAGGAAGGGGAAAGAUGCACAUGGUUAAAGUCAUCGUACUUUCUGACGUACUAUUUUUUUUACAAACAAAUUCCGAUAAGUACACUUUCUUUACGCCUGAUAAUAAAGCAGGUGUUAUUUCCUUGCAGAAGUUGUUAGUACGAGAAAAAGCAGGUCAAGAUUCAAGAGGUAUAUAUUUAAUUUCAUCUAAUCCAGCCGACCCAGAAAUGUUUGAACUGAAAGUUCACAAACCAAAGGACAAACAAAUUUGGAUUCACGCCAUUCGAGAAGCAGUACAAUGUUGCCCUGAAGACGAUGAAAGUAGUGCUAUGUUGAAUGCAGAAGAACAGCAAAGUGUGUUAAACACGAAACAGACACACAUCCGACAUUUGGUUGGUUUGCUACGUCAGAAAGACAUCGAACAAGCUUUGCUCUUGGAAGAAAAAAUGUCCCUGCAGUUGAAACUUUUAACUGCUGCAGGAAUAGAUCCACCAUCACCACCGUCUUACAAGCAUCUAGUGAGUGAAAAUGUUGACACUGGUCAAAUUUGGAAGGAGGUUUUAACAGCCGUGCAGGAAGUUAGUCAUUUGGCUAGUUCACUAUAUACAACGGGUACGAAUUUGUCAAGAAGUGUAAGCUCUGCAGGCGAACAUCAGAGUGAAGCUUACGUGUCACCGAUAUUACCAAAACGUGCAGAAACAUUUGGAGGGUUCGAUAAUUCCAAUCAAGUUCCUUUUAAAUUAUUGGGAAAGAAGAUCAACUCAUCCACUGGUACACCAGCAGAAACACCCGAGUUAGACAGUGCGAAGCACGACGAAUCGAAGAUAUUCGAAAAAUUGCCAUAUAAAGAGUAUUUUGAAUUCACGGCAAAUGAAUUUAACAAUGAAAAGUCCGAACAACUUUUUGUUCCACCAGACGGACCCGCUCUGCUCUCUUUAGGAAGAGAACAGCAGUAUACGGCAAUUCAGUUGUCGCACUACGUAUAUACGCUUUUAUGCAUAAUAUCACAACUGAUGACAACCAACGAAAGUUAUCAGGCACAAAUAAAUAUUUUAAAAACUGGUAAUGAUGGUGCAAAGCAGUAUCGACACAAUCAACAGUUAGAAGAAUUACGAAAUUUGCAAGAUAAAUUUAGUGCCGAGAAGGCAGCUUGGAUUGUAACGAGAGACCAAGAAGCAAAAGAAUUAGAAGAGAAAAGAGCAGAUCUUUUAAAAUUCCAGGAACAAAUUAGAAGUGAACAAGAAGACAUUAAGGAGCAAAGGGAACAGUUGUUCAGGACAAUGGAAAAAUUGACAAAUAAAGGUUUAAUUAUUUCACCCAAUGUUGGUACUCUUUCGUUUCCAGGACAAGUAGAUGACAACAAAGAAAUUUCUGAUGAUAAUAUUCAAUCAGAAAACUCGGUUAUUCCACUUACGUCUGGGAGUUCUUUUAACUCACAAGUCGUAAUGGCGGAGAAGAAGAAGGAAAAUAAAUGGAAUAAAACUAAUCAAGUAAAGUCACAUUUACCGUUGAACCUUAUUAGCGCCACCAAUCAGCAAAAAGUGUCUCAAAACGUUCAAAUUAAACAACAGAUUCCUCUUAAAUUGGCUUCUCGCUUAAGUUCUGGUGGGGCACCAGUCAACACAGGGAAUAGUACAAUGCAAUUAUUGCCAUUAAAAUUAAGUCAAGAAGAAAAGGUUAGGCGUGUAUCAAGUGGUGCAGGAUACCAGCGUCUCAGCCCUCCUUCCGGAGAAAGUACUCCAACAUACUCGCAUAGCAGAACUGGAUCAAGCCCAGCCAUGAUGGAAGCUGCACCAUCGGUUGUACCGCAGCCACAACAACAACAACAAAACGCAAGUACGAAACCACGCAGCCUUAAUUGUGGAAAAGCAGGGGACGAAGAAAUUAUAUAUUUUUGACAAAAACUGUGAAAAUGGUGAAUGUGCAAAAAGGUGAAAGUUUACUCAAACUUUAAUUAGAGGUUUUUGUAUCUCUCUUAAGUAUAAUUGCUGUCCUAUUUACAAUUGUUAAUAAUUAUAUUUCGUAUUCAGUAUUAUAUUUUGGAGUAUAGUUCUUCUAUUAUACUCUCAUAUUCAUCAUUGGCAAGUCAUUUUAAAUUUUGCGUUCAAUAAAUAUAAAUCUAGAAAUUCCAAUGAGUGUUUUCGAUAAACGGAACUAUUGUAACUAAACAACAGAGUACAGCUGUUUUGCAUUUAAGACUUAAAAUAUAUAAUGACCAAAAAUUGUGUAUGUUAAAUUUGAAAAAAUAUGUAUAUUUAUUGCUACUUAUUUUUAAGGAAAAGUAGGGGUAUUAGUUGAGUUUUGACAGAAAUGCUUAAUCCAAACUCGAAAUUAUUUACUUUUAAAUCACUAAGUAACUAGAUGUGCAGAUAUUUGAACAGUUGUGUCUUUCGUUAUCGGAAUUUUCCCCACUUUCUAUUGCUCAACUGUAGUUCGUCCCAUUUCUGAGAAAAUCAAUACGUGGAUCGCGCACAAUGUUGUAUUGAUUUUUUUUUUUAUUAAAAUUUGGUUGUAUACGGCGAAUUUCUGAAAAGCUUUGCUACCAUUUGACUUACUAAUUUUUAUAGUCAUUGAAAAACAAAGUCAAUAUAGUACAUAUUAGGAGGAAUUCUGAAUCAAACUUGUUAAAUUUAAAAGGGUGUUAAAUUGCAAAUUUCUAUAGUAACGAGUUAAACUCGCAAAUCUGAUUAGCUGUCCAUUUUUUAACAACCUUUAAAUUUUAACAGAUUUGAUUCAGAAUUACCCAUAUUUUGUGACAAGUGCUGAAGCUGUCGAUACAUGAAUUUGUAAUAAUAUUAAUAAAAAAGUUAAACAUUUUUUAACCAAAGAAACACACAAACCGAGUUGUAAUAGAUAACAAAAAUAGAAUUGUAAUACCAAUAACUUCUUCAUAAAUCCAGGAUGAUUAAAGAAUUGCUAACAACGCCGCAAAAUCUAUCACACCAAAUCCAUUCCUCAUGGGUUUUAUUCACUGCUAACUAACAUGGGAAAUGAUUUGGUUUCUCGUGUGUGGAAUAACACGCAAGUACUUCUGUCAAACAUUAUUUAUUUUAUUUUAAUUUGUAUCCCUUAUUGUUUGUAUUUAUUUAUUUUUAAUAAAAUUGAUAUAUUAAACCAA